GGCUAAGCAGCGGUGUAGAUUCCAGUAUCUCAAAACAGCUUGUGGACAAGAUGUACGAGAAGCGGAAGGCUGCCGCUCUCGAACUUGAGAAGCUUAUUCGCGAAUGCAAUCAGCAAAGCGACCACCGGCGAAUAUCUCAGAUUGUCGACCAGCUGGUAGAUAUGUUCAGCAAUCCUUCGAAUCCGCUGCAAGCUCGAAAUGGUGGUCUGAUAGGUCUGGCGGGAACUGCAAUUGCUCUGGGCGUGGAUAUUGCAUCCUAUAUGGACAAAUUCACCCAGCCCCUCCUUGUCUGCUUUGCAGAUCCAGAGAACCGUGUGCGGUACUUCUCAGCCGAAUGCUUGUACAACAUAGCGAAGGUCUCGAAAGGAGAAAUCUUGGUGUACUACAACGAUAUUUUCGAUGCGCUCAGCAAGCUUGCGGCAGAUCCCGAAGUCUCAGUAAAGAACGGGGCGGAACUUCUUGAUCGCCUUCUUAAGGAUAUAGUGGCAGAAACAGCCUCUGUAUAUGUACCUCAAUACCCCGAGACGGAGAAAGCACGACGGCGGGCCGACGAGAAGCCCUUCUAUAACUCAGAUGGCGUUCUUAUUCCACACCCAGACGACGUCGCAAGUGGCAAAGACCUGUCCCAAGCACGGAAGGCGUUUUCGCUGGCACAUUUCAUCCCGCUUUUGAAAGACCGGAUGGGUGUCCAGAGUCCCUUUACACGGACGUACCUAGUUGGAUGGCUUCAGGUUCUGGACUCUGUGCCAGAGUUAGAACUCGUCUCAUACCUCCCAGAAUUCCUGGAUUCCCUUUUGAAGUAUCUAUCCGAUCCAACAGAUGACGUGCGAACCAAUACCCAGAAAGUCCUGAGCGAAAUGCUGCGUGAAAUCGUGGAAAUAACGAUGGCUCAACGAGCGCACGAGCUAGAAAUCAGGGCAAAGCGUGAAGCAGACUCGGAUCAACAGUCUCGCCGGGCGGGUGUUGACAAGGACAACCUCCCGGACAUUACGCUAGCUAGCUCAGAACGUGCAGAGUUCGUUCCGGAAUAUGACGAGGACUCCGUGGAUGACGAAUCUCGUACUCCUGUCGAUGAUAGAGAUGGUGACGGGGACGUCGAUACUCGAUCUGUCGGCAUCUGGGAACGAGGCCUUGGUGUCAAAAUAGACUAUGCAGCAAUCGUGGAGAUCUUACUGCACCAGCUAGACGGUAGCCCCGAUCACGACGAGAUUCAGCAGUCUACCGCCCUCAAUUGGCUGUCAGAAUUUCUGCGAAUCAACAUGGAGGUCAUGGUCCCUUUCACUCCUCGCCUUCUCCGCUGCGUAUUGCCCAAUAUGGCGCAUCACGUCAGUGAAAUUCAACUGGCUGCGCGCAAAUGCAACAAGCAGCUUGUCUCCGUCAUUCAAGCACUUCCUCCGCCCUCCGAAUCUCAGACACGCCAGAGCACGAUAGAUCGUGCUUCAACGGCAGGGCCAUCCCCGCACGCGCCGGCUUCACCCGUUCCGACAACUUCUGCUCUAACCUCAUCUCGUCCCAAUACGGCGACCCGCGAACCAGCACUACCUCCCACCAAGGAUCCUGAAGGCUCGCUAGUGCAGGAGAAGGACGCAUUCGACUAUCAGCUGACAGUGCAGGCUCUGACUAUCCAGUUCCUGAGUGAACACGAGGAGACUAGGGUAGCCGCCUUGAAGUGGUUGAUAAUGUUACACCAGAAGGCACCGAAGAAGAUCCUCGCCAUGGACGAUGGGACUUUCCCUGCAUUGCUCAAAACACUGUCAGAUAAUUCAGAGGAGGUGAUCAAACACGAUUUGCAACUACUCGCGCAGAUCUCUUCUGGCUCGGAGGAGAGUUACUUUAGGCUGUUCAUGAUAAACCUUUUGGAGCUCUUCAGCACGGACCGGAAACUGUUGGACACUCGCGGCAGCCUCAUUAUCCGCCAGCUAUGUCUGAACCUCAAUACUGAGCGAAUAUAUCGGACGUUCGCUGAGAUAAUCGAAAAAGAAGAGGAUUUAGAGUUUGCAAGCGGAAUGGUUGUGAAGCUUAACAUGAUCCUGAUCACGUCGCCCGAGCUGUCGGAAUUUCGCAGAAGGUUAAAGAGUCUGGAGACACGGCAAGAUGGUCAGGUCCUAUUUACAACCCUGUACCGGUCAUGGUGUCACAACACUGUGGCCGUCUUCUCGUUAUGUCUACUGGCACAAGCGUACGAGCAUGCAUCGAACCUCCUCUAUAUCUUUGCCGACCUGGAAAUCACCGUCCAAAUGCUUGUCCAAAUAGACAAGCUAGUGCAGCUCAUAGAGUCACCUGUGUUCACAUAUCUACGCCUUCAGCUGCUGGAACCUGAGAAAUACCCGCAUUUAUACAAAUGCCUCUACGGCCUCCUGAUGCUACUGCCACAAAGCUCAGCGUUUAUGUCGUUGCGCAAUCGCCUUAAUGCGGUUAACUCCGCUGGUUUCCUUCAUAUUGCUCCUAAAUCGAAUGUUUCUAAUGUCUCGGCAACGCGCUCGAAACUUGGACGAGAGGACAUCAAAUGGUCUGAACUCCUUUCGCAUUUUCGAAACGUGCAGAACAAGCACGAGAAGACACGGAGACAGGCGACAGGUUCAAACGAGGAAGAGCCAUCCGUCUUUGUGCUUCCUGGUUCGGGGCCGUUCAUGGGCGGUCCCGACCGGGAAAACCGCGACUCGGUCGCAUCCUCUGCUAGCACUGUGAACAGCAGCACGCCGCGACCGGGUAUGCGGAGGCGUGUGACAGGCGGUGCAGACCAACCAGUCUUGGCACGUCCGCCGAGCAGGACGCUGUCACCAUUGAACCCGCGACGGGGUUCAAAUAGUGCGCUAGGCCAAGUAAAUGGCCUGCGGGACUCGAUGACGACAACCGCCGCAACCACGACUGCAGCACCAACGCCAGCUAGUCCGACGUUUAACAACAACCAAAGGCAGCCCAAACGGACGCUCAGUGUUAAUCGGAAGACGUAACUUAACAUACACGAGUAAAUCAUGACCACGAUGAACUUCUCACGGUGCCUUCGGGCAGCCGAACUUUGUCAACAUGGACCUUGCUUUGGUUUGAUUUGUAGCAAACUGUUUCCCCUGGAAGUUGCAUCUGUUUCUGGGUAUCUGUGUAUCGUAAUAUGUAGUGAAUACAUGGUCAUGUAAGCUAUGCUGACAGUUCCUUGGAAGAGAAUAUCGUCAGCUGCAAUCAUGCACACGCUAUAGGCUGGAUCUCGGUACGAGCAGACUGUGUCGAAUGGCGGUAAAAUCCUCGUCCGUCAAGCUCGCAUAGUUGUGUAGAUAUUCUUCGACACCUCCGUAUUGUUCUUGAACCACCUUGAGGAAAGCGAGCAUGAUCUCUUUCCUGAAUGUAA